GAAGGAGGCGGGACGUGUUAUUGUACAGGAAGCUGGUCCUCGCGGUGGUUGCUAGUGUAUUCUGGUGCAUACAUGGUUACUAUCACCAGGGCUUCCAGCGCAGUCUCCACUUGGAACCUGUGAGCCCUGACCCCCUGUUCACCUGAAAGCUUACUGUGGACAGAGUACGCAGGAUGGAGGAGGAGGCCCGGCCCUUCCUGGGGAAGUUUGUGGAGGAGUUCCCAGCUGCUCUGGAGGAAGGCAGUCCACUACCUGUCAGCCCUCUGAGCCGCAAAGUCACCCUGGAGGAGCUGCAUGGAGAGAGCCUUGAGCUGGGCCUGAGGCUGCUGGCUUCCAGGGGGGCUCCUGCAGGUCUCAGUGCCCUCCUGUGCCAGGCAGCGCUGUCCCAGCUGCUGCAGAACGACCUUUCACCUUUCCACUGUGCCCAGGAAGCUGGGGACAACCAGGAAGAGGAGCAGCAAGUAGUCUUGCUUCAGUCAGAGGCAGUCCAACGUCUCUUCCUCAACAAGCUAAUAGAUGUGGCGCUGGCUUGGCAUCAGGACUUCCCCUUGCAUCCCCCCUCCCCCUCCCGGUUCCUCUGCUGCUCCGUUCAUGCCAUCAAGAACACAAGGAGGAAGAUGGAGGACAAACACUUGGCCCUGGCUGAGUUCAACCAGCUGUUUGGAAUCCAGAGCGGAGCAGAUUGUGCCUACUACGCUGUGUUCGAUGGCCAUGGAGGGCUUGACGCUGCCACCUACGCUGCCACUCACCUCCAUGUUGCUCUGAGUAAACAGGAGACUCUGCAGAGUGACACAGCCACAGCCUUUAAAACAGCCUUCAAACACACAGAUGACAUGUUCAGGGGCAAAGCCAAGAGAGAGCGCCUGCGGAGUGGCACUACGGGCGUGGCGGUGCUGAUCCAGGAACAAGAGCUGUCUGUGGCUUGGCUGGGAGACUCUCAAGCAAUACUGGUCAGGAAGGGACAAGCUAUUACGCUCAUGGACCCCCAUAAACCAGACAGAGAGGAUGAGAAACAGAGGAUUGAGGAUCUUGGUGGCUGUAUCACCUUCAUGGGUUGCUGGCGUGUUAAUGGCACCUAUGCUGUAUCCAGAGCUAUAGGUGACUUUGACCAGAAGCCCUAUGUGUCUGGAGAUGCUGACUGCUCCACAACCCAGCUGUUAGGGGAUGAGGACUACGUACUGUUGGCCUGUGAUGGCUUCUUUGAUGCAGUCAAACCUUCAGAAGUCCCACAUCUGGUCCUGGAUGCACUCCAGCCAUCUGUUGACCCAGAGGGCGGGGGAGAUGCUCCGCUUGAACAGUCAGAGGACACUGUUGGACUGAGAGUCGCUCAACAGUUGGUAGCUCACGCGAAAGCAGCCGGAUCAAGUGAUAACAUCACAGUGAUGGUAGUGUUCCUGUGUCCAAUUCAACAGCUUCUGUCUCAGAACUCCACCAAAGGAACUGCACAAAAUGCAGCACAGCAGUGAGGAGGUCUGCUGCUCAGACACCACUGUGCCAAGCUACUGCCUAACUCAGUAUUUUUCUGCCUAUUGUUGUCCCCAGGAGCUGUCAGACACCCUGCAGACUGACAAAGCUCAUUGAUGCUAGCAAAAUACAUGGACACAGCAGAGUGUAGUCAUACUUUGUCAAUGAGUGGAGGAAAAGUGUUACUUCAACUGUAUUUAAACACGGUCAUUUGAAAAGGUUUGAUAGAUGAUGCAGUGCCAGAUCAACCCAGACUCCUAGGCAAAAGUGAGCUGUGGGUCCAAGUCUCCAUGUUCCCCGAAGCCAGAAACCAACCAGCAUUCCUACUUUGGAAUACUCUCUGCCUCAGGUUGGCUGCAUAUCAAUUGGUGUGUGAUCAUUAAUUCCUUUAAGGAUAUGCACUAUACAAGCAUUAUAUCAACUUUUCUUGUAUGUAUGUCUUUUGCAUGUGAAAUAUGGUUUGAUAUGAAUGUGUAUUAGUUUUGUCAUGUGAUAUUGACUCUUUAAAAAGGGCUGUGUUUUUGUGGAAAGGGUUCUCUGCACUCAUCUCUUGUAAAAAGAAAUAGAGCCAACAUGAGUAUUGCAAGCAUUUAAAUGUUGUUUCUGUUAUUACCCAUUUUACUCUGAUGGAAAGAAAAUACUUUUUACUCAAACAGAUGUGUGAUAAUGAAAUGAAAAUCUUAGUGAUUUAUUAUUUUGGAGACAGAAAACUAUUUAAAAAGCAACUUAACCCACAUUUGUGGUUUUAAUUCUGCUCCUUGAGCUUAAAAACAAAAUUUUCACUAUUCAGAAAAAAUCUUAAGAGACCAGUCACUCAUCAUUUCUUUCUUGGAUCAUUGGACUUACAGAAUGUAACCUGAUAGGAUAGAGGUCUGAUCAAUUACAUACAGGUUUGAUCCUUGGAAGCUCUAAUUUUCAUCUUGAAUUCUGAAUUCUGGUUAUUAUAAAUUUCAAAGAGAACAACUGAGGUUUAGCAACAGCGUAGUUACUGUUGCUAUGCUAGCCAAGCUUUCUGCUUUCACCAUGGAUCUAUAAGACACCUUGAUACAGCAUUGGAGGCAGGGCCUCUUUAAAUCCAAUAAAAGUUGCUAAGCAGCGCAUGAAGCAAAACGAGUUUGACUUCAGAAUACAAAAUUCCGAUACAAUUACCAAGAUUUUUUGGCAAUCUUCCGCAUCCAUUGGCCCAUAGAGCAAGAAUUAGCAACUAGCAUUUCCUUUAACCCCAACUCCCAGCCUUCGGCCCAGCCCUGUUCUCGGGCACUUUUACAUAAGCAGAGGAAUGAAAUAAGCGUGAAUUUUGGCAUCAUUUAAUGAUUUAAAAAAGGGCUAUUCAAGUGUUAAUACUGGGAAGUUGAUUCACCUCAAAAGAAAUUAUCCGCAGAGUUACAGACGUCUCUUUCCCAAUGCAAAUCUAUGUGAAAAAGUAUUUUUGGGUCCUGUGGCAUCACGUGAUGGACUCACAAAACCGUUUGGCAACUAUUUAAGAUUUGCUUUAAAGCCAGGCAUUGUUCCAGGAGGCUUGGCUUUCACAUGGGACACAGAGCCAUCAGUGCCAGAUUUACCAUCUCAAUUUUAAGUAUAUUCCUAAGUAAAGCCUCCUUGAUUUCAGUCAGAGGUUUUCUAGCUGGCAACCUCAUUUUUUUGCAGCUGAAAAGUCAACUAUUUUGCAGAUUUAUCAGCUGUAGCUAACUAGCUAAUGUAAGCUCCAUGACUCCAGGUAUUUUGUUUACAAACAUGAAUCUCUCAAAAUGGGCCUUAAAUAAAUUUAGCAUAGCUCCUUUAAGGAUUAGCAAAAUGAUAUAACAAGCUUAAUAUAUGCUAACUGUUUGCCUUGGAACAACUGCUGAGUUUCUACUUAAGGUAGCUGAAUAUGCUAAUCUAAGCAAUUUCGGUUUGGGGGAGGAGCUUAGUGAAAGGUCAGUUCACGCCACGUUAAUUGAAAUAGUUUUCGUAGAUAUCUACGGCCUUUUUUGGUCUUUAUGCUCUGUAUUAGUACUUUUGUCAAUUUUAAGUUCUCAUCUAUCACAUCUCAUCCAUAUGUAUUCAAUUUUUAAUAAAGAUUCCAGAUUGGACGUCUUUGAGCUCAUGGAUUCAAAAAAAGUAUUUCAGGUUCUGCAGUGAGAUUGGUUUCACAUGACAUUAAUUUGAGUUUUUUCUCUCUAAGUGUCUUCAACUGCACAUUUACCAGUCGCGUUCAUGCAUUUAUAUUUUUAUUCUAUUGUUUUUUUGUUAUUCUUCUGUUGAAAUGGGAAAAGAGAAAAAAAAAAUAUAGGCUAUCAAAAAGCUCAUAAAGUUUAAAUCUGUCAUUAAUAGAUCAUUUAAGAAAAAAUACCAAUGUCUCACAACAUUACAUUGAGAAGUAGCUCAUCAUUGAAACCACUUAAACCUAGCUUGAGCUUUCUGGUUGUU